CUUCCGUGUGCUGGUCCUGUUUGUGUAUUACACACAGCUUAUUCAGAGCCUGCCUUCUGGGGGUUUCGCCUUCGUCAGCAGCCCAGGCCUGGCUCCACCCUCUGUGACUGUAAAGACAGUUCGAGUAGCAGGCAGCAAGCAGAGAGAUAAGCGGCUGGUCUCCAAGGAUCAGAGACAGGGGAAUAGAGGACGUGUCAGUGGAUCCCCGAUAUUGUUACCUGAAUCGGGCAGGAAUCACGGAGGCUUUCUGUUUGUUGCUGCCUCGCCAUUUUCAGAGGAGGAGGAAAAGGAUUUAAGAGGGAGGGAAUCUACUAAACAAGAGAAGUGUUGUUUCGGCAAACAAAGGACAGCACACAGAAGCGAGAGAGAGAGAGGCUUUAGCUCCAUAUCCAGUCCCCUCAGAGUGAAACACCGCCAUAGAAAAAUGGCUCAGGAGACAAACCAGACUCCAGGACCCAUGCUGUGCAAUACAGGAUGUGGUUUUUAUGGGAAUCCUAGAACAAAUGGAAUGUGCUCGGUUUGCUAUAAAGAACACCUUCAAAGACAGAACAGUGGCAGAAUCAGUCCAAUGGGGGCAGCCAGUGGUUCAAAUAGUCCAUCUGCAGAAUCUGCAACUGUACAGAGAGUAGAAACUUCCUUGAACUGUGAAGGUGCUGCAGGCGGUCUCUCUGAUAAAUCAAGAAAUACACCCUUGGCUGCAUUGCCUGUAACCCAGCAAAUGACAGAGAUGAGCAUUUCAAGAGAAGACCACGUUGCCUCUCCUAAAACAGAAACGUCUGAGCCUGUUGUGACUCAGCCAAGCCCUUCGUUAUCCCAACCCAGUACUUCUCUGAAUGAGGAAAAGGCACCAGAGCUUCCAAAGCCAAAGAAAAACAGAUGUUUUAUGUGCAGGAAGAAGAUUGGCCUUACAGGUUUUGACUGCCGUUGUGGGAAUCUCUUCUGUGGACUUCAUCGUUAUUCAGACAAGCACAACUGCCCAUAUGAUUACAAAGCAGAGGCUGCUGCAAAAAUAAGAAAAGAAAACCCUGUUGUGGUGGCAGAAAAAAUACAGAGAAUAUAAACAAUGAUACAUUUUGUGAAGACAGACUAUUAUAUUUUUUUCUGGGUUUCUGAUUUUAAUAUAUCCUAGGGAAAUAUGAAAGAGCAGAUGCAUGUCCAUUUUUUCCUACUGAUGUUAUCCACAGUUUCUUUAUGUGAUGUUCCCCUCCCCCCAUCUUAUCUUGAACUUAAAGAAUGUUUGGGUGUUUGUUACAGACAAAAUUGGAUGAAUACACACAGCCCUUUUCCAACAGAAGCACCUGAGCCCAAAAUACAUGGAUUGUCGGCAUUGGACUAAGCUUCACAUUUAUUGCAUAUCUGGUGUUAUGUUAACAAGCGAAUGUGCCAAAAACUGUAGGCUUUCAUUCUGCAUGCCUUCACCUGAUCCUCUGCUUGUAGUAAUAUAUUUGGCAGCUGGCUUAGGGAUAUGUUGAAAGGGAGAUCCUAAUACUCCAGGAUAAAACCAGUAAUGCAUCUCCCUUGUUCUAGAAUACUGACUUUUAACUCUACUGUAUGGACUGUAUCAGACUGUUUUGCAGUAAGAUGUUCUUAUUAUAGUAACUUCAAAAAACUGCUUUGUAAAACUCUUUGCAUGCCAUAGAAGAAUCCAGGUGACAGCCAUUCUUUAUGUUUUCUGAAUGGUGGAACUUUGAAUUGGUCCAAACCAUAGCACUCCCAAGUAAAGGUCAAGAGUCAAGCAACUGCACCAAAUAACCCAGGAAACAAAUAGGAUCCUUUUAUACAUACAUCUGGUGUCAUUCAGCUUUCUCAGCCAUUCUUUAGCUGUUGCUUUGAAACAGAACUUGCAAUAUUUUGGUGUUUGGGGGGGCCUAUAAACAAUAUGCAAUAUUUUACUGAAAUAAUGGCUGCCCCUUUUCCACCUGUUCAGUGUCGAGUCACACUACAGUUAAUCACGUGCUGUUAGCCUUUGUUAGUUCUUGUGAGGUUUAUGGGCUUCACACAUAUUUGCACAAGGAGUAUGUUGUCAUUUUUCUGUAGCUCGUGGAUAAUUCUAAAGAUCGUAUGCGGCGAGCAUUAACUGUACUAAUCCAUGCAUCGUACAGAUGUUGUGUCUUUGUCACAAGUGAAAGACCCUUCACCAUUAAAAACUAAGGAUACCUAAAAUAAUGCCAACUGCUAUGUUGGUAUUAUUAUACAGCGUACUUUGCUAUAGCCACAUCGUCUCUUUUGCUGUGCCUUUUUUUCCCCCGACUUUGGCCUAUGAGAGGUGUUCCAAUAGUAAUUUCCUUGUUUUGGUAAAAUUAUACAGCAGUGUUUUUACAGGACGGAUGGCAUCACCUGUUAUAAGAAGCAGCCGGUAGCAGUUCUCAGGGGAUGGGGCUUCAUUUCUGGUAUUCUUGUCUUAAUAGUAUGUGUGGUUUUGUUUAGAUGUACUGGGGUGUGUGUGUCUGGGUCCCCCCCCCCCCUCCAUUUUUGUGAGGUAUUCAAGAAAAUGGUUUUUUGACCAUUGAGACUGAGGUUUUACAAUGUGAUUCAGUUGCACAGAUUUGCAUGUAAACUAUACCUUACAUAGCUGCUGAUUGAUUCUUGGUUUUGGGUGUGUCUGAUAACUUCCAUGAGUGGUACCAGGAACCACGCAGAGGGCUGCUCAUCUUAACUCUUCUCAGUUUUACUUGGGUUUAGGACUUUAAUGUUCUUGGUUGUAUUGCAUGGGCUGCAGUAUAUACAGCUUUGUACAAAACCAACUCUACAGAAGGCAGUAUACUUCACUGAUGCUUGUCUGGUAAUAUCACUUCUGUGUUCUAAUGGAAGGAUUUCUUAUGUAUGAAAAUUUUAACUCUUUUCUUUCCUGUUUUAGAUGAGAGAGUACAAUUUUUAGAGUAGAGUUGUGGUAAUCCUGUUCUCGUCUGUAAAUAGUUCUGUGUUCACUCAGACUCACUUUACGCUUUUACUUUGUGUGUUCUGUCUCUAGUUUAUUCUUCACUUUCCACACUUUCCAAGCAUCAGUUUUUCUUUUUUUUGUUUUUGCUUUUUCUUUGCUUUAAACCUUGUAUUUCUGUUCUGAGUUAUUAGAUAUGCAAAUGUGUACAGAUAGUUAAUAUUUAUGUAUUGCACAUAAUCAUGCUAUUCAGCAUUUAUGCUAUAUUGUAUUAUGUAAAUAAUAAAAUUAUGUACAGUGGGAGCA